GAUACAUUACUCGCAUUCAUAGAUAGAGAUAUGUGACAUGAGAUGAUAUAUAAUUUUUUUUAAACCAUAUUGUAAUGAAACAGGCAGGGAGCAGGUCUCGAACCCUCAACAUUCUAGCCCGAAGUCAAGCGAGCUAUCGAUUGUGCCCCAAAAGCACACUCAAGCGGUAGAGUCGAUUUCCGCGCUUAUAAACCCAGGGUCGUUACAAUAUGUUUAAGCUACAUGCCGACAUUGUUUAUUUGCAAAUACAUUGUUAAUGAAGUAGCCUCAAAGUGAUGGUCCAAAGGAUUUGUAUAAUUCCAGCCAGUAGUUUAGAAAGUUGUGCUCACGUCUGUAGAGGUCUUCUUGGGUCCCGAAAAUGAGACCCGAACCGAAUUGGACCAGCAAACUUUCCACUCGGCCAUAACAGGACCCAGUCAUUUUAAAAAUAAAAUCAGUACCCUACCCGAUUUGGAUCUGAUGUGGACCAGAUCCGACCUGAAACAGGUCUGAGGUGAGAGCCCGGGCCAGGGCCAGGUAGGGUCGGGUCUGUAGGACCCAAAUGGAUCCAAAAUAUUAAAAAGUACGUUUUAUUGCCAUGCAAGACAGCAAAAUUGUUUUGACUUGUCUGGUUGUGAAGUUUCACAUGUGCAUUUUCUGUUGUAUCCUUCUACUGAAAUGUUUGUUCAACAGAAAUAAGGAAAACAUUUCCUGAAAUCACCUAUAGUGAUGGCAUUAUGAAAAUACUACGCUGUAGACCACAAACAUAACUCCUGAUUAAAUUGGGUAGCUGAUAUUCAGAGCUUAAAUAGCCAAAUGGAUUAGUCACAGGAAUCAGGACUUACACACCCAAUGCAACAGCCUGUUUUACAAAGGGUGGGCCUAACACAUGGACGGUCAUUCAUAACAUUCCAUUGCAGACCGACACGGUAGGCCAAAUUCUCUAAAACUACGUGUUAUGGUAGAGAAAUUAACAUUAAAUUCUCUAGUAACAACUGUGUUAGAAAUUCCUGCAGUCAGCAUGCCAAUUGCACGCUCCCUCAAAAAUGUUGACAUCUGUGGCAUUGUGUUGUGUGACAAAACUGCACGUUUUAUAGGGGCCUUUUAUUGUCCCCAGCACAAGGUGCACCUGUGUAAUGGCCAUGCUGUUUGAUCAGCUUCUUGAUAUGCCACACCUGUCAGGUGCAUGGAUUAUCUUGGCAAAGGAGAAAUGCUCACUUACAGGGAUGUAAAAAAAAUAGUGCACAACAUUUUAGAUAAAUAAGCUUUUUGUGCAAAUUUCUGGGAUAUUUUAUUUCAGCCCAUUUUUUAUUUUAUUUUAUUUCACCUUUAUUUAACCAGGUAGGCUAGUUGAGAACAAGUUCUCAUUUGCAACUGCGACCUGGCCAAGAUAAAGCAUAGCAGUGUGAACAGACAACAACACAGAGUUACACAUGGAGUAAACAAUAGACAAGUCAAUAACAUGGUAGAAAAAAGAGAAUCUAUAUACAAUGUGUGCAAAAGGCAUGAGGUAGGCAAUAAAUCGAAUAAUUACAAUUUAGCAGAUUAACACUGGAGUGAUAAAUCAUCAGAUGAUCAUGUGCAAGUGUACUACCUACUUCCGGCGCCGAGCGAGAUGGCAGCCUCGCUUCGCGUUCCUUGGAAAAUAUGCAGUAUUUUGUUUUUUUAUGUGUUAUUUCUUACAUUGGUACCCCAGGUGAUCUUAGAUUUCAUUACAUACAGUCGGGAGGAACUACUGAAUAUACGAUUAACGUCAACUAACCACCGUUCCUACCAGGAAUAUGACUUUCCCGAAACGGAUCCAGUGUUUUGCCUUCCACCCAAUACAAUGGACCUGAUCCCAGCCGGGGAGCCUACGCGACGCCGUAAAAGGGGCAAACGUAGCGGUCUCCUGGUCAGGCUUCGGAGACGGGCACAUCGCGCUCCACUCCCUAGCAUACUACUCGCCAAUGUCCAGUCUCUUGACAAUAAGGUCGAUGAAAUCCGAGCACGGGUAACAUUCCAGAGAGACAUCAGGGAUUGCAACGUGCUCUGCUUCACGGAAACAUGGCUAACUCAAAAGACGCUAACGGAGUCGGUGCAGCCAGCUGGUUUCUUCACGCAUCGCGCAGACAGAAACAAACAUCUUUCUGGUAAGAAGAGGGGCGGGGGGGUAUGCCUCAUGAUUAACGAGACGUGGUGUGAUCAUCAUAACAACACUCAGGAACUCAAGUCAUUCUGUUCACCUGAUCUAGAACUCCUCACAAUCAAAUGUCGACCGCAUUAUCUACCAAGGGAAUUCUCUUCGGUCAUAAUCACAGCCGUAUAUAUUCCCCCCCAAGCAGACACAUCGAUGGCCCUGAACGAACUCUAUCUGACUCUCUGUAAACUGGAAACCACACACCCUGAGGCUGCAUUCAUCGUAGCUGGGGAUUUUAACAAGGCUAAUCUAAAAACAAAACUCCCUAAAUUCUAUCAGCACAUCGAUUGUCCUACCAGGGCUGGCAAAACUCUGGAUCACUGUUAUACUAACUUCCGCGACGCAUAUAAGGCCCUCCCCCGCCCCCCUUUCGGAAAAGCUGAACACGACUCCAUUUUGUUGAUUCCAGCCUACAAACAGAAAUUAAAACAACAAGCUCCCGCACUCAGGUCUGUUCAACGCUGGUCCGACCAAUCUGAUUCCACGCUUCAAGACUGCUUCGAUCACGCGGAUUGGAAUAUGUUCCGCAUUGCGUCCAACAACAACAUUGAAGAAUAUGCUGAUUCGGUGAGCGAGUUCAUUAGGAAGUGCAUUGACGAUGUCGUACCCACAGCAACGAUUAAAACAUUCCCAAACCAGAAACCGUGGAUUGACGGCAGCAUUCGCGUGAAACUGAAAGCGCGAACCACUGCUUUUAACCAGGGCAAGGUGACCGGAAACAUGACCGAAUACACACAGUGUAGCUAUUCUCUCCGCAAGGCUAUCAAACAGGCAAAGUCCCAGUACAGAGACAAAAUAGAAUCGCAAUUCAACAGCUCAGACACAAGAGGUAUGUGGCAGGGUCUACAGUCUAUCACGGAUUACAAAAAGAAAACCAGCCCCGUCGCGGACCAGGAUGUCUUGCUCCCAGACAGGCUAAAUAUCUUUUUUGCCCGCUUUGAGGACAAUACAGUGCCACUGACACGGCCCGCUACCAAAACCUGCGGGCUCUCCUUCACUGCAGCCGAGGUGAGUAAAACAUUUAAACGUGUUAACCCUCGCAAGGCUGCAGGCCCAGACGGCAUUCCCAGCCGCGUCCUCAGAGCAUGCGCAGACCAGCUGGCUGGUGUGUUUACGGACAUAUUCAAUCAAUCCUUAUCCCAGUCUGCUGUUCCCACAUGCUUCAAGAGGGCCACCAUUGUUCCUGUUCCCAAGAAAGCUAAGGUAACUGAGCUAAACGACUACCGCCCCGUAGCACUCACUUCCGUCAUCAUGAAGUGCUUUGAGAGACUAGUCAAGGACCAUAUCACCUCCACCCUACCGGACACCCUAGACCCACUCCAAUUUGCUUACCGACCCACAGACGACGCAAUCGCAACCACACUGCACACUGCCCUAACCCAUCUGGACAAGAGGAAUACCUAUGUGAGAAUGCUGUUCAUCGACUACAGCUCAGCAUUUAACACCAUAGUACCCUCCAAACUCGUCAUCAAGCUCGAGACCCUGGGUCUCGACCCCGCCCUGUGCAACUGGGUCCUGGACUUCCUGACGGGCCGCCCCCAGGUGGUGAGGGUAGGUAACAACAUCUCCACCCCGCUGAUCCUCAACACUGGGGCCCCACAAGGGUGCGUUCUGAGCCCUCUCCUGUACUCCCUGUUCACCCACGACUGCGUGGCCAUGCACGCCUCCAACUCAAUCAUCAAGUUUGCGGACGACACUACAGUGGUAGGCUUGAUUACCAACAACGACGAGACGGCCUACAGGGAGGAGGUGAGGGCCCUCGGAGUGUGGUGUCAGGAAAAUAACCUCACACUCAACGUCAACAAAACAAAGGAGAUGAUUGUGGACUUCAGGAAACAGCAGAGGGAGCACCCCCCUAUCCACAUCGACGGGUCAGUAGUGGAGAAGGUGGAAAGUUUUAAGUUCCUCGGUGUACACAUCACGGACAAACUGAAUUGGUCCACCCACACAGACAGCGUUGUGAAGAAGGCGCAGCAGCGCCUCUUCAACCUCAGGAGGCUGAAGAAAUUCGGCUUGUCACCAAAAGCACUCACAAACUUCUACAGAUGCACAAUCGAGAGCAUCCUGUCGGGCUGUAUCACCGCCUGGUACGGCAACUGCUCCGCCCACAACCGUAAGGCUCUCCAGAGGGUAGUGAGGUCUGCAGAACGCAUCACCCGGGGCAAACUACCUGCCCUCCAGGACACCUACACCACCCGAUGUCACAGGAAGGCCAUAAAGAUCAUCAAGGGCAACAACCACCCAAGCCACUGCCUGUUCACCCCGCUAUCAUCCAGAAGGCGAGUGGUGUUUCUGCUGAUUAGAUGUGCCAGCUUCCUGCCCAUUCACUGUAACUUUUCUCAAGCUCCCAAUGGUACAACAACCUAUCACCUCUCAGAGCCCCCGCCUUCAAUGAAUUGUGAAACAGAGUGGGCAUAUCCAAAUGGAUCCACGCUGACCUUUAAAGGUGAAACAAACUCAAAUCAGGUUCUGGGUCUGACCAGACAGUCCAUCACUACCACAGUCUGUCUGGGCAGCCUGAAGUAUACGAUGGACUGUGUAAAGCCUCAGGUGGUGAAUAAAGUAGAAUGUAACUGCACCAUGGAACCUAGCAGCCCCUCUAAUCCUGAACACAUCAAGGAUGUCAGACCAGAUGAAAGGAGCCACACACUGGCCUGGGUUCCUCUGGCAUGUUUUUCUGGAGUCAUCAUACUGUUAUUUGCUGGAAAGAGGGGUGUCAAACAUACGGCCCGCGGGCCGGAACCGGCCCCCAAGGAGGUUCGAUCAGGCCCGCAGGAUAAUUUGAAAGUGGAAAAAAUGCAUAAAAGACAUGGAAUUAAUAUUUUUAAUUCGCUGCAAUUCAUGGAUUAUCUGCUAAGGGGCGCACUCUUUCCAUCAGAGUAGAAGACAAGCCGCAUCACUGAGACAGACUGAAAACAGCAGACGGUAUCAAUGCGCCAUCUGCUGCUUGUUACGACGUUGUUAAUACCUUGGUCUCUACCUCUCCGCUACACCCUCAUUAGCCAAAAUGUCGUUAUCCAAACGGAGAAAAGUAGAUAAGGAGUGUAGAAUUUUCAAAGAAAAAUGGACCACGUCCUAUUUAUUUACAGAGAUGCACGGAAAACCUUCGUGCUUGGUGUGUUUGCAACAAGUUUCGGUAUUGAAGGAAUAUAAUAUUCGACGCCACUACGAGACUCAUCACAGCGAAAAAUAUGACGGCUUGCAAGGACAACUGAGAAGAGAUAAGAUUAACAAAUUGCUGGCGGGUCUGAGGAAACAGCAGUCAACUUUCAUCCAGAGCCGAGAAGUCAGUGAAGCAGCGGUAAAAGCCAGCUACCUAAUUGCUGCCUUAGAUACUGUUUGCAUUGAAAGAAUACAGCUCUGUGAAGAUGAAUCCUUACUGUGGUGAUUUAAAAAAUGUGCACUUUAAUGUUAGUCAGCAGCUUCAAAACAAAAGUUGUGUGAUGGAAUUCUACUGUUCAUACAACUCCAUAAAUUUUCAGUAUGUAUUGUAUGUGUAUGUAUGUUUCAUGUAUGAAGUUUACAGAUUUACAGGACAGGCGAACACUUUCUUCAUUACACAUUUAAAAUCACUCUCCUUAGUUUGUAAGGUGUACGCAGGGAUUACAUUUAGAUUUUAUAUGCGUAUGUGUAAGUGGUUUAAAAAUUCCUUUCUUUAAAAGUCUCAUUUAAUCUUAAAGUGCAUUACUAUAUUUUUCAGUACCAAUUAAAGUUUUGUGCCUUUGUACAAUCAGUGGGAUCAGUUGCAAUGCAUAUUUGUGAAUGAUAAAAGUAAAUUGCACAUUUGUCUAAGGAAAUAUGAGGUGUUUCAUGAAAUGUUUUGUAAAAGGAUAGUUCAUUAAAUUUCAAUAUUUUCCUAAUGUUCUUGUGCUUCUUUACACCAAAACAAAGGAAAGACAUGAUAUUUUGGUUAUUUAUAGCAGAGUAUGGUAUAAUUUUAAUGGUCCGGCCCACUUGACAUCUCCCUAGGCCGUAUGUGGCCCACGAUACGAAAUGAGUUUGACACCCCUGGUUUAAUCUAUGUUUUCCCUUGAUUGAGUUAAUUAAUUUGUGACAGUACCGUACUCCACUCAGACGGUGUUAUUUAGAUAUAAUUUAAGAGCCAUGCUUUAAAUGUAUCCAUUGGUGUAUUAACUUGGUUUGUGUAUUAUCUGACCCCUGUAUGUACUGGCUUACUGCCAAAGCUGGGUGUAAGACAAAGAUAGAGAUGUAGGGAAAUUCUGGGGACAGCCAUGGUUUUCACUCUUCUACUCUCUCUCUCUCUCUGUCUGCUUUCUUCCUCUCUCUUUCUCUCUCUGUUUGUCUCUCUGUGUGUGUGUGUGUGUGUGUGUGUUUGACGUUGACACCAUACAGUAUUACAUUUGUCUAACAAGUCAAUCUCCUUAGGUUAGGAUUAGGUUAGGAUGAGGGUUAAGGCUGGGAUUAGGUUAGGAUGAGGGUUAAGGCUGGGAUUAGGUUAGGAUGAGGGUUAAGGCUGGGAUGAGGGUUAAGGCUGGGAUUAGGUUAGGAUGAGGGUUAUGGCUGGGAUUAGGUUAGGAUGAGGGUUAAGGCUGGGAUUAGGUUAGGAUGAGGGUUAAGGCUGGGAUUAGGUUAGGAUGAGGGUUAAUGCUGGGAUUAGUUUAGGAUGAGGGUUAAGGCUGGGAUUAGGUUAGGAUGAGGGUUAAGGCCGGGAUUAGGUUAGGAUGAGGGUUAAGGCUGGGAUUAGGUUAGGAUGAGGGUUAAGGCUGGGAUUAGGUUAGGAUGAGGGUUAAGGCUGGGAUUAGGUUAGGAUGAGGGUUAUGGCUGGGAUUAGGUUAGGAUGAGGGUUAAGGCUGGGAUUAGGUUAGGAUGAGGGUUAAGGCUGGGAUUAGGUUAGGAUGAGGGUUAAUGCUGGGAUUAGUUUAGGAUGAGGGUUAAGGCUGGGAUUAGGUUAGGAUGAGGGUUAAGGCCGGGAUUAGGUUAGGAUGAGGGUUAAGGCCGGGAUUAGGUUAGGAUGAGGGUUAUGGCUGGGAUUAGGUUAGGAUGAGGGUUAAGGCUGGGAUUAAGUUAGGAUGAGGGUUAAGGCUGGGAUUAGGUUAGGAUGAGGGUUAAGGCUUUGAUUAGGUUAGGAUGAGGGUUAAGGCUGGGAUUAGGUUAGGAUGAGGGUUAAGGCUGGGAUUAGGUUAGGAUGAGGGUUAAGGCUAGGAUUAAGUUAGGAUGAGGGUUAAGGCUGGGAUUAGGUUAGGAUGAGGGUUAAGGCUGGGAUUAGGUUAGGAUGAGGGUUAAGGCUGGGAUUAAGUUAGGAUGAGGGUUAAGGCUGGGAUUAGGUUAGGAUGAGGGUUAAGGCUGGGAUUAGGUUAGGAUGAGGGUUAAGGCUGGGAUUAGGUUAGGAUGAGGGUUAAGGCUGGGAUUAGGUUAGGAUGAGGGUUAAGGCUAGGGUUAGUGGAUAGUUAGUUUAAAGGUUGUUGACCGUUAUUGAACAUCUACAAGCCAUCUACUUGAGACUAUCCCAAUAAAGUGUUAACAAAAUAAUUGGGGUAAUUGUUGAAUAACUUGUGGUUAACCUAAAGUGGGUCACAGGGCUGAAGUGGUGCCACCUUUCAAUCCAGUCAGCCUAGAUGAGUUGUCUUCAUCUGUAUUUCAAUACAGUUACAUGAUUUCUCAGAAUUCCUGAUGAUUCUAAAGACAGACCUGAUCAUAUCACCUCUACCUUACCUGACACCCAAGACCAACUUCAAUUUGCUUACCGCCCCAAUAGAGGCACAGAUGAUGCAAUCGCCACUGCACUGCACACUGCCUCAUCCCAUCUGGACAAGAGGAAUACCUAUGUAAGAAUGCUGUUCACUCACUAUAGCUUUGCUUUCAACACCAUAGUACCCUCCAAGCACAUCAUUAAGCUUGGAGCACUGGGUCUGAACCCCGCCCUGAGCAACUGGGUCCUGGACUUCCUGACGGGCCGCCCCCCAGGUGGUGAAGGUAGGAUACAACACCACCACUUCGCUGAUCCUCAACACAGGGGCCCCACAAGGGUGCGUUCUCAGCCUCCUCCUGUACUCCCUGUUCACCCAUGACUGCGUGGCCACGCACGCCUCAAACUCAAUCAUCAAGUUUGCAGAUGACACAACAGUAGUAGGCCUGAUUACCAUCGAUGACUAGACAGCCUACAGGGAGGUGAGGGCCCUGGGAGAGUGGUGACAGGAAAAUAACCUCUCACUCAACGUCAACAAAACAAAGGAGCUGAUCGUGGACUUCAGGAAACAGCAGAGGGAGCACGCCCCUAUCCACAUCGACGGGACCGCAGUGGAGCAGGUGGAAAGCUGCAAGUUCCUCAGUGUACACAUCACUGACAAUCUGAAUUGGUCCACACAGACAGACAGUGGUGAAGAAGGCGCAACAGCGUCCAAUUCUCCCCGGGGCGUUUGUUCAUGGCUUUCCUGUAACAAUUCUCCGUCACUGCUACUAUUUUGGUCUGUUGUGUUUUGCCUCAAAUUCCUUCUGUUCUCUCUCUGUCUUGCUCAUUUCCUGCCCCCCCUUCCCAACCUUCUCCCCUCUGCUCCCAAACUCAGCAGUGCGGGGAGGGCUCCUCCGCCUGCCCUUCCUCCUAUCUGUCUUUCACUCUUUCUCAUAACAACUUUCUGACGGAAUAUCAGACCUCCAUUCUCCUUCUCUCU